UCAUAAUUAAAAACAUUUAUAUAAUCUUACUAAAAUAUUUAUAUAGUUUUGCAUUGUACUUUUAAUUUUAUAGGUAAUGAAUUUUACUAAUCUGCCAAUUGAAGUUGGUGUAUUAAUUUUUAAUUAUUUGGAUACGAAAUCAAAAAUCAACGCAUACAGAUGCAGUGUUUUGAAGGAAUUCUUUGCUCCAUGUCAUGUGAAGAAGCUUGUCCUCUCUAGAAGUACUGUGGCUAUAGCGAAAAUAUUAGACCAUGAGUUAUUUUUGGACUUGGGGUUGUAUAUUCAAGAACUUUGUUUAAGUGGAAUGCCUGAUUUAUCACCAGAAAAUCUAACAUUACACGUUAGAAAAUUUCCUAAUUUAACAGCUUUAGACAUUACCUUCACGGACGUUUACUUAUCAGAUUUUGUUAAUUUAUGUCCUAUUAAUUUAAAGAGCUUGGCCAUUAAUUUCUUUAAGUGUCCUAGAAAAUGUAAAAAAGAAGAGAUAUGGGAGGAAUGUAGAAAUUUAUUUAAAAUCAGGCAAUUUGUAAAAGUUCAUUUUGUUGUUUUCGAACUACUCGAUUCUGAUAUUCCAUUGAUGUUUUUGGAAGGUCUACCGCCUGUUGAGGAUUUAAAAGUCACAAUUGCUGAUAAUUAUAAAGAUUUUAAUGAUACCGAAGAUGACGAACCGUUGAAUAACAAAACUUAUGAUAUCAACUUCUCAAAACUAUUUUAUAUAUUAAGAGAUUGUCGAGUAACACACAAAACCUCGCAAUGCUUGAGAGGCGUAGCAAAUUUAGAUUAUAAACAAAUAGAAUACAUUUUUAUAAUGUAUUUGGAAAGAAUUGUUAUUUAUGUGUCACCGAUUUUCCGAAAUUUAUUUUUAGGAAAUUGUAAAGAUUUGAGGGUGGAGGUUUGUACUCGAUUACCUAUAGAUUUUAUGCUUGACGGGAAUAUUAUCUUCAAAGCUUGGAACAAGAGUAACUAUUUUAAUGAUACAUUCAUGAAGGGCUUACUUUUAGACUUAAAAAAUUACUUCCCAACUUACUAUUGUUUGCAUGAUAACAUUACAAUGAAAGUUAUAGACUGUACAAAUGACUGGUAUUGUAUAGAUUCCUGUCAUAGUAUUGGAGAACUAGCAAGUCUCCCAGAAAAGUUGACGCUAAGCGAUUUUUGCAGAGUCAAAGGUAUUGUGUUGCCGUGUGACCAACCUUUUGGUUUUUUAUCAAAUUCGGAAGUUGUUAAAAACAUAUCAUAUUUGCGACUUAGCAAUGUUUAUCUGACAGAUUUCGCAGUUUUGUUUUCAGCAUGCCAUGUAUUAGAGACUGUGGAUAUUUAUGUUGAAAAGCCUGAGAGUCGAGAUUUCUGCAGAGGUUUUACUCUUCCUCCAGCAAUUAACUUAGUUAAGAAAUUGAAAAACAUGAAGUUGACUACUGAAGAUAUUGAGUACGAUGCGUUGUUCGAUACAAUGAGUCAAUGCUCAAUGUUGGAGAACAUUCACAUUUGUGAGUACGAAAGAUGUUUCGAGGAUAAUAAUAUAACUGUUAACAAAAUAGAGCUCAUGAUAGAAAAAUGUAAGAACCUAUAUAGUUUAUUUAUCGAGACUGAUAUGGAACCUGAAUGUUUAACUAUGUUCAUGUCCCCUAUAAAAGAAGUAGCACAGAAAUUAGAAAGGGAUCAUCUUUGUAUACAAGUUUGUGAUUGUUACCGCGGCUAGAACGCUUUUGGAGAUGUCUUCAACCCAAGUCCAUUACAUAUACUUGACUAA